GGCUUUGUCUCUCGAUGGGACUGCGAAAUUUCUUGUCUUCCCUUAAUGACUUGCUUGGACCAGAAGAAGCUCAAAAGUCCAUGUCCAAGCUCCAUUUCAGUUCACAUGUUUUUGACUUUGCACUACAUCCUUCAGCGCAAAUAGCUGCAGCUGGACUCAUUACGGGCGAUAUUGAAUGUUAUAAGUUCGGACAAAAAGAGAACCAGCAGCAAUGGUCAGUCAAACCGACGAAGAAAUCAUGUCGUGGCGUGGAAUUCAGUGAGAGCGGAAACCAUCUGUAUAGCAUAUCGCGAGACCGAUCCAUUCACACACUGGAUGUUGAGAGUGGAAAAUUGGUUCACAAGCAUUCUGCGGCGCAUGAAUCGCCUAUCAACAAAAUACUACGCUUGAAUGAAAAUCUGAUUGCGACGGGAGAUGAUUUGGGUAUAAUAAAGAUUUGGGAUAAUCGUAGUCACGGGCUGAUACACGAUUACCACGAGCACACCGACUUUAUAGCGGAUAUGACGUUUUCCACCGACAAAAACACAUUGAUUGCCGUUGCUGGCGAUGGAUUAUUAUCUAUAUGGGACAUUCGCAAACCUAAACUCAAAGCAAUAUCGGACUGCAUGGACGAUGAACUACUAUCCGUUGUUACAGUAAAGAAUGAGAAAAAAGUCAUAACAGGAUCACAAGCUGGCGUACUUAAUUUAUGGACAUGGGGAGAGUGGCAAGACUCUAGUGAUCGAAUACUGGGUCACCCAAGUUCCAUUGAUACCAUCUGUAAGCUUGAUGAAGACACUAUAUGUACAGGCAGCAGUGAUGGAAUUAUUCGUGUCGUGUCGAUUUUACCCAACAAAUUUGAAGGUGUGAUCGGAGCCCAUGGAGAAGACUUCCCCAUCGAGCGAAUUCGGUUAUCCUAUGAUAACACCUGGCUUGCAAGUUGUGCUCACGACAAUUCAGUUCGGUUUUGGGAUAUCAAGUUCCUGUUUAAUAACGUUGAUGAAGACGAAGACGAAAAUGGCGACCAAAGUGGAGAAGAAGCAGUGUCAUCUGAGGAGGACCAUGAUGAAGUCAAGUCGGAGGCAGGCUUCUCUCAGUCAUACAAGAGUGACUCCGGCAGUGAGGAAGACAAUUAUCAAUUUAGUGACCGAGAUGACAGUGAUGAGGCCGAAAGAGCGCCACGGCGAAAACGACGGAUGUUGCAAAACGCCAAUGAUAAUUUCUUUGACGGAUUGGAGACGUCCCCAUCAAAGGCUGGCCGCAAAAUAAAAAAGAAGAAAUAGAUAGUGCUUACAUGAAAGCCGUUUGUUACCGAAGUGUUCAGAAAGCUCUUUGACCCAUUUUGAUUUAUGUCUGCCAUUGUUGCGGUCGGCUGGG